AUUGUCUUGCAAUAUUCUCUAGGACUGUCGACGAGCAAUGACCAUGGGGAAAAACAAAUCGCGGAAAACCACAGUGCCGCUCAAAAGCAAAUUGAAAAAAGACCCUGGAGUCCCUCGAUUACCAGAUCUCAAGGUUCGGGUUCGAAAUGCUGAGAAGCAGAGAGCACAUCCCCAAAUACAUCGCACGGACCCCGAUGCUCAAAUGGCUUCGGAACCUACACUCUCCACGCUUGCUAUGAUCGCAUCUUCCUCGGAGACUCAAGAUUCCACAGUCGAUCCCUCGUCUAGUGCACAAAAAACAAAAGAGCAGAUUCGUCGCCAUUACGUCCGUACGCUUCACAAAGUGAUCGAUGAGAGUGACAUCGUCAUCUUGGUGCUGGACGCUGAGGAAGAAGUCAGAAGGCGUGAGAGUGAAGGGAAGAAGCUUGUAUUUGUUCUCAAUAAAAUUGAUUUGGUACCUCGUGAUAAUGCGCAGCAAUGGCUUCGCCAUCUUCGACACUCAACCCCCACGCUUCCCUUCCGUUCGGCGUCUAAUACUCAGCGCUCGAAUCUAUCAUCAUCAACUGCACCAGGCUUGAUCCGUCUACUGAAGGCGUACAAACCUAGUGCAGCUCAGAGCGUCACCGUAGGCGUGGUUGGGUUCCCCAAUGUCGGAAAGAGUAGUCUCAUCAAUUCUCUCAAAAGAUCCAAGGUCUGCGCUGUCGCAGCUCAACCUGGCCACACAAAAGACUUGCAGUCAAUCCAAUUAGAGCGUGGUAUUCGCAUAGUAGAUUCGCCUGGUGUCGUCUUCGAUGACGAUGACGAGGUCCAAAAAAGUGGCAGCAAAGGCAGUAUCCUGCUGCGAAACGUUGUAAAAGUAGAAGAUGUCGAAGAUCCUAUUGCUGUCGUGGAAGACAUCCUGGCCAGAACGAAUCCUGAUACAAUCCAGAAGAUAUACGGCCUUCCACAGUUCACCUCAACGCUAGAAUUUCUGACCAUGCUUGCACUUAGCAGCGGACGUUUGCUAAAGGGUGGCACCCCAGACGUCCUAUCGGCCGCAAAGCACGUCCUCAUGGAUUGGAAUCACCAAAAAAUACCAUACUUCUCUGUUCCACCAUCUGUCCACCCGUCCUCCAUCCCUUCCACUGUUACGAUCUCGGGUGAUGCUACGAUUGCACCUGGAGCUGAGACGGUGGGUCAGGCCCAAAUUCUAGCAGAGUUUGGGAAGCCAUUUGAGCUAGCUGGUUUCUUUGGAGCCGCCGAUGCUGGUGCAUUUGGUGAGGAUCCAGCGGUAGAGGAGGUCGUCAUGGACGAAGAUCAUGCAAUCGAAGAAGCUACCAUGAUGGAUGAAGAUAGUAUACCAAUGGAAUCUGACGACCUAACGCCUCGGAUACCGCGAAAACGUGCUCGCUCGCCUUCAGUCGUCGGCGACCCUCAACGGCCCCUCAUCGCGUUGAAACGAUCAAAUGAUACUUCAGCGCGCGCGCCGAAACGGCUGAGGAAAGCUAAAGAUCUUUCAGCAUAUGACGAAGCAGCCCCAAGAGGCAACUCGUUGAGCAGGAAAACUUUGAAAAAAGAUGCGAAGCGAGCGAGAAGGGAUGCUUCAAGAGCCUUUCGAGCCCAUGGUGAGGGUGUAGGGGGCGGUCCCGGCAUGGAAGUUGAUGAUUUGCAGUUUACUUUCAUGGCUCAAAUGGAAGGUUGAUCUUCCAGUUAGAACUCCCGAUGAUGUAGCAUCAAGGUCAUAGAUGGCAUGAACACCUCCCAAUCGCAAUUGGUCUGGAAUGCUAUAUAUACAGCGUUUUUCGAAGAAAAUUUUCAGUUUCUAUACAAUAUUCACACAACUUAAUAUUAAUAAGAAAAGCGUAAACGUCCCCUAACCUCAAAGUGAAAAUCGUGUAUAUCACACCUAAUUCCCCAUGAUGAUAAGUUUAUUUUCCUGUGCUGCUGUGACUCUUUCGCAUGCCGAAAAUUCGCCUUCUUUCACGUUCCUCAGCACUCCCGUUCGUUGUUACGCUGGCAUUGGAACUUUUUCUGUGCGACUUUCCCUCGGUGAGGCUAGUCGCGGAUUUGGACCUGAGCGUGUUCUUCUUGGCCUCAUCCUCUCCGAGAGAGGAACCAAAGGUAGAAGAACCC